UCCAGGUGUGUUAUCAUUACACAGGAAGAAAGCGAAGUGUUGACAAGAAAGUUAUAUGCUAUAAAAUGAGACAUAAGCGGAGGAAUUAUUAAAAUCUGUGUUCAUUAAUUUUUGAGAAAUUAUAUAUCAUUAAUCUGUGUUCUAACAUUUCGUUCAUUAUGAAGCAAAAAAGUGUAAUUGUGUGCAUAUUCGCGCUGGUCGCGAUUCAUUUAUGCACGGGCCAGAACAAUACCGGAACAGAUGACUCCGCUCAGAAAGACAUUGUUACGGACGAAAAAACAGCUCUUCAAAAGGGCAUGGACCCUAUUUUUGAUCUUUACCAUAACUUUCUUGAUACUGUGAUGUCAAAAAACUUUUACGACGCUAAUAGUGCACCUUUUAAUAUACAUACAGUGAUAGAAAUCACACAGAAAAACGAUUAUAGCCAGUUACAAUCUAAAUGGCAAGAUUUAGUGAAAACUUUCGGAGGAUAUGCGGGAUGUAUAAUAGUAGGUUUGCUGUUUGUGGUUUUCAUGCCAAUCGUCGGUCUGAUCUACUGUUGCUGCCAUUGUUGCUGUCACAAAUGUGGCGGUACACGAGAGAUGAUGGACCCCAAACGUGCCUCAUGCAAGAGAUGGACUUACACCAUAAUCCUACUCAUAUGUGCAACACUGAUGUUAGCUGGUGGUAUUAUAACAUUCCUUGGAUCGGAGUUACUUCACAAAUCCUUAAAAAAUGAAGAUAACAGUGGGCUUGUGGGAAAAUUAGAUGACAGUCUGGGACAUCUUCAGACAUUUACCAAUGAUACAAUCAACGAUAUAGUACACAUAGCCAAAGAGAAAAUUAUUAACGAAGGUCUUGGCAAGAUUUUACCAGAAAUUAAAGAUGCGGCUGAUAGAACAGUGACGAAAGUAAAGAAGAAGAUUAAUGCAGAACAACUACUGGACGAGGCUGCAGCACUUGGAGAAGUCGCAACCACAGUUCUUGAUGACCUGAAAAAUCUGAAGGAGCAGGUGACGAGACUUCAGGAUCUACAGACUAAUGUUUCUACCAAGUUGAGUGCAGUAAAGGCUGAUGUCGUGGAUGCGUGUAAUUCAUCUUGUGGUGGUGUAGACGAUAAGGUCCAGGGCCUUAACUUUAACCCAAACUACACUCAGUUGAAAGAUCAGCAACAAAAGAUAGAUGAAGUUGCAAAGGCUGUAAACAUUAGUGCAUUUGUAGAGGAGGCUUCUAGGGAGUUUGACAAUGUCUCAAAAGAAGUGGAUGACAAAGUGGAAUCAGAAAUUACAAAUGCAGAGAACCAAGUAAAUAAGAUGAACAACACAAUAAACAGGCAAAUUGGAAAUAUAAGCAAUCAAACUAAGCCUUUUAUGGACAGUGUGAAGGAAGGUCAAGACUUUGCUACAAAUGAACAGGAAACAUUCAAGGAUAUAGCAGACUACAUCUGGUAUGCCUGUAUAGGUAUGGGCUGUGCUGUAAUAUUAGUGGUGUUUUUCUACUAUAUGGGAGUAUUGUUUGGCCUGUGUGGAGAAAGGCCUGGGCCUCGAGCUGCCUGCUGUAACAGAGAGACAGGAGCCCAUCUUCUCUGCACGGGUAUAUGCUGCUCUUUCCUGUUUGCCUGGAUCCUCAUGUUAGUUGUGAUACUCUUGUUCACUCUCGGAGGACUCAGCUACUCUAUGGCCUGCAAAUAUAUCAGUAACGGUGUUGAAAAUGUUGAUACAUUUGAGAGUGUGUUGUCUGACGGGUUUAGCUGGGAUAUCUCGGAAUCAUUUGGAGUGGAAAACCUUACUAUUGCUCAAAUGUUUCAAAAUUGUAAAGAUGAUAUGGGCAUAUAUUCUGCAUUACAUUUGCAGUAUAUAUUUGACAUUGAUAAAGAGUUUAAUCUAAGUGAUGUGAAAGCAGAAGUAAGGAAGAUGGAAGAUACUACCCUAACACUUCCCAAUAUAACACUGCUGUCUCCUGGAUUGAAGACUCAGUUAAAUGAUUACAAGCAAGCCGCUGUGUCAGAUAUCAACUUUACAGAAUACACCACAGAGCUUGACAAACCAUUAUUUGGAAGUCAGCAGCUGCUUGUAGUCAUCAGCGAUCUAACAGAUGCUGCUGAUACUCUCGACAGGACUCAACCUGGAAUUGCUACAGAUCUUAGAAAAGCUGCUGCUGAUUUGAAGAAAUUGAACGAGGAGGAGAUAGCAGAGAUAAAUGAGGGAAAAACGUACCUGUCAGCAUCACUCAAAAGUUUACAAGACAAAGCCCAAGUGUCUGUACCAGAUUCAAUUGGCAACCUGACUGACAGCAUCAAAAAGUCAGAGGAUGACUUUAAUAAUAAUAAGGAUUCAAUUGUAAUACAGGAGUUGAAGGUGGCUGUAGAGGAUAUUUUAACAAUUAUUGAAGAAACUGUGAAUUCAACAAAACUGUUUAUAAAAUAUGACGUAGGCAAAUGUCGACCUCUGUAUGAUGCAGCACAGAGUGUAGUAGAUGCAGUUUGUGUAGUAACUCUUGACCCUCUGAAUGCUAUAUGGUUUGGUCUGGGUUGGAGCUUAUUCUUUUACAUUCCAUGUUUUAUUUUCGCUGCCUUACUCGCAAAUCUAUACAAACGGACAGAGAAAUACAAGAAAAAAGACCAUGGAUUUGAUGACCCAAUACACUCACAGUAUACUGGCUAUGAUGAUUACCGUGGAAACCGUCAUGAGGACAAUGUGCCACUGACCAGUAUGGGAAAGGAUCAACGCUAUAGUUCAAACGGAGCAUACAAUCAGGGUUAUCAAGGUAGAGAAUAUGAGCACGAACCCCGUUAUCAUAGGGAUGAAGCUUCUGGUUACCCACCUGACAAUUACUCCCGUGAUCGUGGGGUUCCUCGUGGUAGUGCUGGGCAUCACUAUGCCCAACCCCAUGCAGAUCCCUACGAUCAACCUCCACGGUAUGAUGAUGCAGUAUCGGACCGUUACGAUCGGGUGUCACGUCACGGUGGGUAUCCUAGGUUGAGCAACUACUAAUUUUUGCAUCUAGAGUUAGGCAAGUUUCUUACCAUACACAGAGUUAGGGCGAAUGGGUGGAGAUAGAGCUGGUUAUUAGAUGCAAUCAACCAAUGACACUUCAUCAUGCAUAAUCUGACCAAUGAGCUACAACAGGAAACGAAAUUAUCCAACCAAAGACAUUGUUACAAAAGCAGAGCAGAUGAUAAGGCAGCCAAUGAAAGUUAACCAUUUUGUCAGCUUUAGGUCUGACCCAGAUGAAUCAAUUAAAGAAGUAUGAAAAUGAUAAAAACAGCUCGCUGAUAGAGUGGGAAAUAGUGAUUACCUACGCAAAGUCUCUGCAUUACAAUUUUAAACUGAAUUACAAUUAAAUAGUGCUUGUAAUUCUAAGGCCUACUGUAUGAUUUCAGUUUUUGUGCUGAAGUUGAUUUUAUUAUACAGGAAAACAGAGAUUUUUAUGACAAUUUUAUUGUUAUGUAGAUUUUAGCUUUCAUUUAUCAUUAAAAGUUAC